UCUGGGUGCCGGUAGAACUUUUUAAACCGCUCUUUCACGAUAGUUGGCCUUCCUAGAUAGGUGCCCUUGUAAACACGGCCUUCGGCUCCUUGCUUGAAAAGCUCGAAACCUUCCCAAGCUGAUGACAUUUCAGAAUAGGUGAUUUUGGUUACUGGAGCCCUGUUAAACUAUGGCAGAUGAGAAUAAUCAGCCUAAGAUUGAUCCACUUAAAGGCCGUCAGGGAGUUCAUGCUGCUACUCGUGACUAUAUUAAUUUGAUUGAAAAACAAAACUUGUAUCGUGUUUCUGAGCUUGUCAAGCACAGGCGCCGGACAAAUUUAACUGGGCUUGGACUUUUUGGACUUGUUGUUGGAAUUUACACCUAUACCAUCUACGCUGUGAAGCAAGAGAAGUUUUUGGACGACUUUGAAGAGCCAAAGUUUGUCGAAAAGAAACAGUAG